AUGCCACCUGUCCUGCCAUCAUCAGAACUUCAAGAGCUAUGUCGGGUUGUUUCCAGUGGAAUUGGCAGCUUAGAUGACUUGGAAGCGAGUGUUAGUAACUUCUCCGUUCCUAUUACUGCGUCCGCCAUUACCCAAGUCCUUGAUUCCUGUAAAAACGAAGCAGCCACAAGAAGGCUGUUGAGAUUCUUUUCUUGGUCGCGGAAGGAUUUGGGUAGUGAGUUAGGAGAUGAGGUUUUCAAUCACGCGAUUCGGGUUUUUUCUGAAAAGAAAGACUUUACAGCAAUGGACAUUUUGAUAUCAGACCUUGACUUUGGUGCUGUAGUUCAGACAUUGGUUAAGUUAGGGAGAGUCGAUGAAGCUUUAGGGAUUUUCAAGAACUUGGGCCAGUUCAAGUGCCCCCAAGAUGGUGUUACUAUCACUGCCAUUGUUAGUGCUCUUUGUUCCAAAGGGCAUGCUAAGAGAGCAGAAGGGGGGAAUGUGAAGGAAGCUAGGAGAACUAUAAAAGAGAUGAAGUCUGCUGGUAUUAUGCCUGAUCUUUUCUGCUUUAACACAUUCCUCAGUUGUCUUUGCGAGCGGAACCUUAAAUCUAAUCCUUCAGGUCUCGUUCCUGAAGCUUUAAAUGUAAUGAUGGAGAUGAGGACUUAUGGCAUUGCCCCAACCUCAAUCAGUUACAAUAUAUUGCUGUCUUGUUUGGGUAGAACCAGAAGAGUCAAAGAAUCUCUUCGAAUUCUCAAAACAAUGAGAAAAUCAGGUUGUUUUGCUGACUGGGUCACUUAUUAUCUUGUUGCAAGAGUUUUGUAUUUGACUGGUAGAUUUGGUAAAGGAAAGGAAAUAGUUCAUAAGAUGACUGAAGAAGGGCUGGUUCCAGAACAGAAGUUUUACUAUGAUUUAAUUGGUGUUCUUUGUGGAGUUGAGAGGGUGAAUUAUGCUCUUGAGCUAUUUGAGCUGAUGAAACAAACCUCGAUUGGUGGUUAUGGGCCAGUUUACGAUGUGCUUAUACCAAAAUUUUGUAGAGGAGGAGACUUUGAAAAAGGUAAAAAACUUGGGAUGAGGCGACAGCUAAGGGUGUGGCUCUUCAUUGUUCGAGUGAUGUGUUGGACCCCUCAAUCACAGAGGUGUUCAAGCCAAAAAGGAAGAUGGAGGAGAGAGUCAACCUUGUGGAUUAUGCCCCACCCAAAACUCGAGCACAAAUAA